CUACUAAUGGUUGUUUCAACUCCGGAGUAAUUUUGUCCAGUCAUCUGGAGCUGUUGCCAGCAUUAAAACAAUUAAAAGAUUUAAUGGCGAUUUCACCAAUACAGAAAGUUCAAAAACUGUUUGAAGAGCCAAAGCAUUUAUAUUCUGGUGUAAGAGCAAUGUCUAUUAAGGCAUUGUCUUGGAAAGAUCCUAUGGCCAGUCAAGUCAUCAGCAACGAAUUGAAGCUUGUAAAGGAAUUACCAGGAAAUUUAAGAAAAGGAUUUAUGAAACUUGUUCGUAAAAUGACACCACACCCAUGCCAAUGGUUCAAGAAAUAUGUAGAGAAUUUGUACUAG